AUGAGCAAUUAUCUUUGUUCAGGAAUUGAUUUGGGAGACGAUGUCUCUGUGAGUGGUAUUUUUUUUGAAAACCGUUCUGAACCCGAAAAGUCGUGUGUUGUUGACAUGGUUAGGCUAAAUCUUUACUUCUUUAGUACAUCCGUUGCAUUUGCUGAUAAAGAGCGAUUAUCCGCCGAAGCUUCGCGAUUGAUAUGCCGCCCGGACUACUCGGCCAUCUGUCAUAAUUUGAGAGCUGUGAUCCAUUGUCAAAUAUCAGAGAUUCAAGAGGAGACGCUGAAGUGUUUUCCUUCGAUGAAAUCGGAUAAAGACGGAUUUGUAAUCUAUGAAGUUCCGUUUGCUGGAAAGAAGAUACAAUUCACCCCAGAGCAUUUACUAGGUAGUUACGCUGCCGACCGGAUACGUGAUAUCAAGGCGGAGCGCCAUUUGGAUGAUUUGAGAUUGGUGCUUUCCGUUCCGUCGUAUUUUACCGAAGAGCAGAUCAGUCACUUCCAGCUGGGAUUGAAUAUAGCGCAAAUUAGUCAAUACACUCUGAUUCACAACAUCGAUUCCAUCGCUGUGGCGUACAGCUACAUGAAAGCUCUCCACAAGGAGUUCUCUUCUCCUCGCACCGUUCUCUUCGUGGCGGCCGAAGCCUGCGUGAUUCGCUUCAGCAAUGACUCUUACGACAUUCUUUCUUACGAAUUCACGCCGAACGUUGGCACGCAAAGAAUCAACUCCCUCAUCUUCCACGAGGUCGAGAAGAAUUAUAAGGAUAUAAUGGAGACGCAGAGCGGCUUCGAGGAGCUUCCGUUCGUGUAUUCGAAGAUCGCCGCGAAGGUAAUGGAGUGUCGAAAUCAGUUUUUGCCGUCGUUUUCGGAGUUCGAAGCGACGAUUCCGGAGAUUUUGGAGGAUAAGGACUUCCCGUUUGUUGUGGAAUACGCGUCGUUGAGCGAGCGGAUUGAAGAGGAAGGAUUGAGCGAAGUGUUCUGCGGGAUGGUGAAGAAAUCUGGAUUGCGUGGAGCCGAUGAAUCAAAAUGUGUUUAUGACACCGUUUUUGACCCGUUUGAAUGA